AUGCCGGAGGAGGGUGUGGAGGAUCAGGAAGAGGUCCCGGAAGAAGUGGGUUUGAAAGCAAAAAAGACGUCAAAGUGCAAGAGUGAUCCAGAUGCAAGUGAUCCAGGGGCUGGACUCAAAACAAAGCUCAAGGAGAAGCGUGCAAUUCCGAAGGCCUCAUCGUCGCAACUUUUUUUGGAUGAGAAUGAGGGCAACGAGGACUUUGAGAUGCCAACCUCGCAGCCAGAGGGCAAGAAGAGCAAAAAGGCUUCGAAGGCAGCUCGCAAGUCUGUGGACAAAACCAGGACCCCUGAAGCUGCCUCAGUUGGCAUCGAGACAGAAAACAAAAGACGGAAAGUGAGUCAGGCACCCCUGAAACUGCAGUCGGAGGGGGAUGUGGAGGUGGGGAAGAGGAAGCGGAAGAAGCGUUCAAGAGCAGCUGACGAUUCGGAGAGCAUCAACCAGAAACAGGCUGGCCUCACUGCCGAGCUGGCAUCUGAGGCCAAAACAAGAAAGAAGACGAGACGAACAACUGCCAAAAAGCCCCGCAAGUCGCUUAAGGCGGCUUGA